AUGGGGCAAGAAGAACCACAAAAUAAAUUAGAAGGAGGCCAGCAUUCCCAGCUGAUACCUUGGGCCAUUGCUAUUUUUUUCAUGUCACUUCUAAGUGCCUGCUUUACUGAAAGUUGUGUGGUGACUCAACACAACUUUCUAUGCUGUAAGAAAGGAAUGGGGGUGUUAGGGCUCCCAAAGCACCACCCAAAGCUGACAUGCUUCAGAGAGAAACCAGAAUGGAAAGGGGGCUGGAAUUGCUGUCUUGUGGGCUGGAGAGCGUUCCAGUCCAAUUGCUAUUUUCCUUUUAAUGACAACAAGACGUGGGCUCAGAGUGAAAGCCACUGUAUGGGGAUGGGGGCUCAUCUGGCCACCAUCAGCACAGAAGCUGAGCAGAACGUUAUCACUCAAUUUUUGGAUAGACGAUUUUCAUAUUUCCUGGGACUUACAGAUGAGAACCUUGAAGGCCAGUGGCAUUGGGUGGACAAGACACCAUUUAACCCACAGAUGGUAUUCUGGCACGAGGGUGAACCCAACAAUUACCAGAAAGAAAAAUGUGUUGUCUUUGUUAAUGACAAAGACAAAUGGUCCUGGAAUGAUUUUCCUUGUGACUUUAAGACAAGUAGGAUUUGUAAGAUACCUGGAUACCUUCAACAAGAAGGGACCCCAAUGGCAAUAGUAUUUAAGUCGUAA